UCGCAGGUUUUUAACUUUGAGAAGGAUGAGGCGAAUUUGGAUCAAAUUUUUUCAGAUCGAUCUAGGAAAAUCUGUGAUAUAUACUAUUGGUUAAAGAAGAGGCGACGCGCGCCUUGUCAAGUCGAUCACUGGGCGAGGUAUUGGUGAGGACAAGACCGUGAACGCAUGCUGCAUAGGAAGACGAGCGACACAGAAACAUAUAAACGUUAUAGACAAAAUGGAGUAGUGUCUGUUUUAACAUUGGGGAUUGUUUAAUAAAGUUAUUAGAGAAGCAGAAUUAUGGAUGAACAUCUGAGCAAUCUUUCCCGACUGGUGAAAAAUUUGAUGAAUUCUAAAAGUCCCAAUGUGACGGACGCUUUAUCACAGGAACUGGAAAUAUACCUUCGAAUAUACAACCAAUCGGAGGAGGAUUUUUUAAACAAAAUCUCUGGUAUUAUCUCUAACUCCGUGCAGCCUCAAGACACCCUUGAGUCUUACAAAGAAUUCCAAAUUCAUCGUUUCCUUCAACGGUACAUUCCUCCAUUCUUGAUGCUGAUUGGUCUCGUGGGUAAUGUGAUGUCUUUUUUUAUAUUACGUCACAAGUCAAUGGCGCGACAUUCAACCAAUGUUUUUCUUGCUGCGUUAUCAAUCGCCGAUCUCAUCGUAUUGUUCGUUGGACUACUUGGUUUGUGGAUUAGCGAAGUUGCAGAUGUAGAUUUUCAAAACACGUCAGAUUUCAUGUGCAAAUUCUUGAGUUUAUUAACGUACAGUUCUAGUCAAUUUUCUGCUUGGCUGAUUUUAGCCGUGACUGUUGAGCGAUAUAUAGUCGUGUGCCAUGCUUUACAUGCAUCUCGUUGGUGUAGUAGGGAACGAGCCAGAAAAACAGUAAUACUAUUGGCAGUCAUUUUUAUCCUCAUCAAUUCUCAUCUUAUAUGGACUAUUGGAAUACGGUCAGAUCGAGGAAAAACGGAAUGCGAAGGCCUUGGUGAAUAUGAAUUUCUCGUCAGAAAAGUCUUUCCAUGGAUCGAUGCGGCACUGUACUCUACGAUUCCUGUGAUCGCCAUUUCACUCUUUAAUAUUCUUAUCAUAAGACAAGUGCUUCGCGCCACCCACAGUCGCAAAUCCUUACAGCAUGUUCCAUUGAACAACAUGGAGCUAAAGAGACGGUCGAAAAACAAGAGCUCGAAAUUAACAAUCAUGUUGCUAACAAUAUCGUUUGCGUUUUGUGUAACGACUCUCCCAAUGAAUGUAGUAAUGAUAGCAAGUUAUCAAAUCAGCGAUAGCCCAAAAGAAAUGGCCAAACUGUGGCUGGUACGCACCACAGCAGAACUGUUAAUGUACCUUAAUCAUUCUAUGAAUUUUUUUCUGUAUUGUGCUACAGGACAAAAAUUCCGUUCCAUUGUUCUUCGAAUCGUGUGCAGAGUUUCCAAUUUUUCGGAUCAUAGCCAACAUAUAUAUUGCUCCGGGGGGUAUAAUGGCAACGUUUCCGGGGGGUGUAUACACAGGAAAGAACCGGAAUCGGUCAACAAUGAUGUUACCACGAACCAAGUUACAAGUUUAUGAUUGGCGACUUGUGCCAUCUAUAUUUUAACGAGAUGAACUGUGAUGAUUUGUUGUUUUUUUUUUCUCAUUUAUUUAUGUAUUUUGUAUACAUUGUACAUAUCGUAUGAACGUAUAUUAUCAAAAAUUAGAUUCUAUCAAUUACAAAAAGCAUAACAAAAACACGUAUUAUACAAAAAAAUUUAAAAUAUUGAGCACAAAAUAAUAAUGUGAAUGUUAAUUAAAAUAAGAUUUUCUAUUAACAUUUUAAUACAACAAAGCUAAUUAUCAAACGUUUACAAAUUAGGACUUAUUGCAAAGUAUAGAAACAUACAAUAUUUUCCCCUUAUAUCAAAGGUUUUGUCACAGUCGAUGACAGGCUAAGGGGUCGGUAGUUUAUGUAAGAAGAUCUACUUGUUAAUUAUAUAGAUACAUUACAGUAAACAAAGCAUAAUCAAUACAGAGCUAAGUCACUAGAGAAAAUUGAACCUGAACAAGUUUUCUUGUCCUAAUCCCCAAUGCUUUUCUUAAUAUUCUAUAUAUUGAAGGGCGUGCAUCUUAAAAUAAGAUGAUUUUUUACACCUACUAGUGUAUGGAUGAAAAUGAACUCGUUAAAAGAUUUUUAACAAACAAAUGUUAAAUGCACACUUAUGUACACGUAAAUCCAACAGUGACUGUUACGCGAGUAUUAACGAGUGAUUGGUGCAAGAGAUGGCGAUACAGUUUUUUUGUUUUGUUUUCCUUUUUUGGUUUCUGUUGUCUUGUUUAAAUGUACUUGAGAUGAUGUAAACCAACUUUUAUUAUUUGUUUUUACUGUUACAGUAUACGUUUUGUAUAAUAAAAAAUGAUAGAGUAAGACUUUAUUUAUAAGUACUAUCUGGUUUUUUGGUGACCUAUUUCGGCUCAAUUUGUCAAUUUUUCAUCA